UUAUAUACACUAGAGAAAAAUAAUUGCAUUCCACUGAAAACCUCAACAUCUUGGGAAAUUUAAACUUAAUCAAAGACAUCGCAAAUGUUGCUUAUCUUUUUAUCAAGCCCAGCCCACAUAUUCGCGGCCCCAAAGCCCAAAGGUUAAGCUGACUCGUUACAAAAUAAAUAAGUAUUAAUAAAGGUUUUUGAUUGGCUUAUUUCGGUUUAAAUUUAAUACCAUAUCUUUCGGAAGAUCACGUGAGACACAUGUGACAUCCAACGAAUAGCCAAUCGCUGAAAAGUGAAGACUUUUUGUUACCCCAUAAACAAAAGCAUCAUCUCUCUCUCAUCUUUUAUUUUUCUUUUAGAAACCAAACUUUUCAGAUUUCUCUCUCUCCAUUUGGCGAUAGAAGAAGUCAUGUACCAAUCAUCAUCCUCCACGUCAUCAUCAUCGCAGAGAUCAUCGCUUCCCGGCGGCGGAGGACUGAUCCGUUACGGCUCAGCUCCGGGAUCGUUUCUAAACUCUGUGGUUGACGAAGUCAUCGGAGGAGGCUCAUCAAACGCUCGUGACUUCACCGGCUAUCAACCGUCGUCGGAUAACUUCAUCGGUAACUUUUUCACCGGAGCUGCUGACUCAUCCUCGCUGAGAUCCGAUUCGACGACUUGUGGAGUCAACAACUCAUCCGACGGACAGAAACAGCUAGGCAAUAACAAUAAUAAUAAUAGUAAUAAAGAUAUCUUCCUCGACAGAUCCUACGGUGGAUUCAACGAGAUCUCGCAACAACACAAGAGCAACGACAUCGGAGGAGGAAACAGCUCAGGAUCUUACUCUCUCGCUAGACAACGUAGCUCUCCCGCCGAUUUCUUCACCUACCUCGCCUCAGAUAAAAACAAUUUCUCGUUGAACCAACCAACCAGUGAUUAUAGUCCGCAAGGAGGGUCUAAUGGGGGACGAGGACAUUCCAGAUUGAAGUCUCAGCUAAGCUUCACGAAUCACGACUCUCUGGCUCGGAUCAACGAGGUCAAUGAGACCCCAGUCCACGACGGUUCAGGCCAUUCGUUUUCUGCGGCUAGCUUUGGUGCAGCCACUACUGAUUCUUGGGAUGACGGUUCCGGUUCGAUAGGGUUUACCGUGACUAGGCCCAGUAAACGAUCCAAGGACAUGGACUCUGGUCUCUUUUCGCAGUAUAGUCUUCCUUCAGACACUUCAAUGAACUACAUGGAUAACUUCAUGCAGCUUCCAGAAGAUUCUGUACCCUGCAAAAUCCGGGCCAAACGCGGCUGCGCCACCCAUCCUAGAAGCAUCGCUGAGCGGGAGAGGAGAACGAGAAUAAGUGGGAAGCUAAAGAAGCUACAAGAUCUUGUCCCCAACAUGGAUAAGCAAACAAGCUAUUCAGACAUGCUGGAUUUAGCUGUACAACACAUCAAAGGCCUUCAGCAUCAACUUCAGAAUUUGAAAAAAGAUCAAGAGAAUUGCACGUGUGGGUGCAGUGAGAAACCAAGCUAGCUCAAACCCAAAGGUAGGGUCAUCCUAAUUUUAUUUGCAUUGUUCCGAUUUUAUCAUAUGAGAGAAUUAGAGAAGAUGUAAAUAAAAUAGAUUAUAUUAAAUGUCUAAUCCUCUUAUAAUUAAGCUCCUCAUUCGUUAUCAUUAUAAGAUAGAACAGUGACAAUUGUCCAUUAUGUUUUUGUUUCAAGUUUAUGUUUUGAGUGUCGCCUAUUUUGUAAGGAUUAUGCUAUGAAUUCUGAAACUAAUUCGAGUUAUGAUCAUAAGCAAAGCAAGCUAGCAUCCAUUAUAUAUAUGACUUUCUAAUUUG